CUCCCGAAUCCACAUCGGAGGAAAUUAUUGCUUUUUCUUCGAGCUCCCCCGUAUGUCAGAAAGACCAAAGAAACUAGGCCGCUCGGUUACUGCAUUACGGUUUACUCCCUGCCGCCCUGUUCAUCUAUAUAUUCCAGGAAACGCUGUCUUUCCCUCUAUUAUUACACGAAACCUUCUCUUGUUCUUCUCCUGUUCAGAUUCGGACGGCUGCCAUAUCAAUAGUCACUCAACCCCCGGGUGCCUUUUUCCUGUCCCUUCCCCAGAGAUCAUAAUUUCCUUGCUCCUCGGUGACUCUUUAUAACCAUGGCCUCUCCCACUUCCACUCGCGUUAAAGAGAGCAGGGACACCAAGGAGGUGGAGGGUAGACAUGAGACAGAAUCAGAGAGAGAAGCAAGAGAGAAAGAGGAUGUUAAACGGCGGUUGGAAAAUCGAGAAAGGGCAUUUAUCGCAGCCUCCAGGAGAGGAGACAGGACUAUGGAAGCUCGGUUUGAGUCCGCGCUGCGCGCUUCAGAAGUUCACAAGGAACGAACUGGGAAGGGGUUGCGUAUCACCAUGGAAGCUGUUGAGAGGGAAGAGAUGUACGACGAAUUAGAUGAUGAGCACGGCAGAAAACGUCGGUGUCACAUCGAUAGUCUUCAGCUCAGGUCCCAGUCAUUGGAUGUGCACUUACACCCAUACAUGUUGGCCAAUUUUGCCAAACCUCAUGCAAAUUCAUCUUUCUCACAGCUGAACGGUAACAUACCCAAUCCGUACCACGCAGGGCCAAUAUCACCUCAGGGCGUAUAUGAUCCGGCAAUGUACCGAUUCAAUGGCUUACCAGGUGUGGAGGGCAUGUUCAAUAAUCCGUUCAGCCCCCCAGUGCCACAUGGACGACCCAAUUCUCUACCCAUUUCACCCAACGCUCCCAGCUAUGAAGGUCAAGGAAUCGCCAAUUUCAACGGUCAAAAUAACAGGCUUAACCGAAGAGUGGCUUCGGAUCCCGCCAUUGCUGUUACACACCUACAUCAUGCUGGAUCGUCGCCCAUGCGACCGGAAUCUCACCCGCAAAAGUCUGUCCCUAGCUAUCCCGUGAUGCACUCCCCUCAGCAGCAGCAGUGGCAGCAGCACUUGGAACAAACCCGACAGCAAGGGAACGAUUCUACAAGACCGCAUUCCAAUAUUCAACAGCUAUAUCGAGCCGUGCAGCAAGGGUCCCCAACUAACCAGCAAAGAACCUCGGCCCUUAAACCAGCCCCAAAUAUUCGGCGGCAGUCCUAUCAACAUAUCCAGCAACCGCGCCCUCGACGUCUAAACACCCAAUCUAGAGCGAACCAGGUUAUACGUAUGAAUUCUUUUGACUGUAUGCCUUAUACUCAUUCUUCUGCUGUCACUUCUCCGGCUGAAGGGAUGGGCAUUACCGGCAGUUAUCCCGGCACUGGCACUGAAUAUAACUGGGGUGCCAACACUUCCGCACUGAAUUCCGCCACCGCUAAAAAUUCUACUUCCGGCUCUAACAUUGAAAACUCAAACAAUCAUAAAUUGCCUUCAGGUAGUUUCCAGGAGAUGGAAAACCAAACUCUCGACCCUCUCAUCCAGUGCACACCAAUUCCAGUAAACACCAAGGCCCCUAUGAUCCAAACUCCAUGUCAUGGAACAUCCCCAGUUUCCAGAGGCUCUUCGGCAGGUUCAAUGACAACCUCGGGUUCCAGUGUUGCUGACCCUUCUCUUCCUUCGCCGGUUGUCAAGCAGGGAUUUUCCGACCAGAAUGCCCUUCCAAUGGGCCUGAGUGAAUAUGUUCAGAAUUCAAUCAUGAACAACAACGACCUUUUCCCGGAAGAAAUAGUGGGUUCAGAAACAUCAUCUUUUUUCCAAGAUGCGCUCCCAGACGUCAAUGGACUCGAACUCAACACUGCCUCCCACGAGUGUUCUGACGAGAACGCCUUUCUCAAAUAUGAAUAUUCCGACCCAUUUGGUGUAUCCACCUUCUAAUUGAUCACUCGCGAACAGCAAAGGGCAGGAGCACUAGCUUUUUUCAUAUCCUUCUCCUCCGUAUGCCUACUUCUAUUGAUACUCUCAUUAAUACUCCCUUGAUAUUUCUUGUGUCUUCCUUUCCCUGGUUCUGGCAAUGGGAAGGGAAAACAGCUAUAUAAAAUCACUCAUUACCUACUUCUCCUUUGCGUUAAUUUUCACAUUGCCUGGUGCAUUCUUAGCAAUUGUUCUAUUAACAAUUUUCACUCAGCUGGAGCUUCCGAUUUACUUUCUCUUAUCAAAGAGAGCUGUAUAGUGAGCUCUUACAACUAGGGAAACCUGAGUUCCCUCACCGCCUUUGAUUUUUAGUUUGUACUUUUUGACUUAUUUUGUAUGUUGGGAUUUCCCCUUGAGCCAUCCGGGAAUUCAGAGCAAAGAUGAUACCUCAAG